UUGGUCCCUCGUUUUUGUGUGGGUUGGUCGGGGUAGAGCUUCACAUCCAGAAACAUUUUCUCAUCCCAGACACGAGACACAAUUCCAAGCGAUUGACCUGAGCCCCCGCCGCCCUACCGUUUCCCACCCCCUCCAGCGUGUUGGGAUGAGGGAUCUGGGUCGCGAAAGAUGAGGAGAAUACGGUUAGACAAUUUAUCGGGUCAAUUGCUCUCCCUCACGCGCGCCCGGCCUGCUGUAUCGGACUUGACGAGGAUAUCGCAAGCCGGCCGAAUAUCUAGAGUACAGGCCCGGCCAUGGCCCCAGACGAGAUGGCAGUCUUCAGAAGCCGCUUCCGAGACAGGAAAUAUCGAGUCUGACGAACCGCCCCCGCCGCCGGAAGAAGAACCCCCGCUGCCAUCGCCGCCUCCCGAACGGGCUCUACGCUCAGCCAAACUUGCUGCUUUGCAUGCGCGACUCUCGUUAUCUUCCAAGAUCCCUUUACAAACGCUCGCCCGUACCCUCGUAGAUCCUUCCGCCGACUUUCACUCACGGUUUAACAACACGAACCUUGCCUACGUCGGCGCAUCUAUUAUACAGUACCACACCUCGGAAUUCCUCAUCACCCGGUUCCCGCGGCUACCGAUGGCGAUCCUGUUCGCUGCCAUGAAGGGUUACUCGGGCGUGCCGUCGCUGCACCAGAUUGCGCGUGCCUGGGGCGUGGAACCUGCCGCGGCUCCUGGCGAGGAAGUGGAUCCUGGCCUACUACAAUUUUCCCCCGAUAAACCGACCGUCCUGAUGAAUAAGUGGGGUUACGUACGCGGCGAAUCAAAAGAAAUCAUGAGGUAUAAAUGGCGCCGGGGAAUGAGCAGCCGAAUAAUAUACGAUGACCCGUUUGGUGAUAUGGUGUCUAAAGAUCCGCCGCCGGCCGAGUCGGAUGGCUCACUCGAGGUCAGCGGCGAGCGGAACACAAAGGAAAUGGUUGUUGAAGACAUAAUCAAGAACGCGCACGCAAACUUCGUGCGCGCGGUAGUCGGCGCCGUCUAUCUAUACUCGGGGAGGGAUGCCGCCAAGGCCUUUGUCAAGGCCCACAUCCUCUCCAGGCAACUCGACAUAUCAAAUCUAUUCGAGUUCAAGAACCCGGUGACAGAGCUGGUACGGUUGUGCGCGAGAGAGGAUUUCGAGGCACCCGUCGCGAGACUCCUCAGCGAGACUGGGCGGCUGAGCAGGACACCGGUCUUCGUUGUGGGAAUCUACAGCGGCCGCGACAAGCUCGGCGAGGGGGUGGGCCCUUCCCUGGACGCGGCCAGGAUAUCCGCCGCCAUCAACACGCUGAAGUCGUGGUAUCUGUACAGUCCUGGGAACGUCCCAGUGCCGAGCGAUACUUUUGCCGAAGACGCCCACCCCUGGAAGCCGGCGUACGUGGACAUCGGCGAGAUUGUAGUGUAGUUGCUAUUCGCGGAUACGCCCUACACGAGGAAGUGCGUGAGAGAUGAUUCCCCGCUAUUCCAUAUGAUCGGUGGAUGGGGGCAUAGAUGCGCGGGAUGGGGGAGGGCUGCAUCAUUGGAUGACAACGGCAACGGCAGAAGCAAUGAGACGACAUGAAAACCAGGUUCUGGCCGGGCAUGUAGACUCAUGGAAAAGGCGGAUUCGGGGUCGUCGCGGCCAGUCCCCGAGAAUCAUGUGUAUCACUGUACUGUAUUCAAUACGAAAGACGAAGACCCGCGAAGGAAACAAAAAAAAAAACACCCAGAUGGCAUUGCCUAUAAGUACGCAAGUCGGACGUAUGAGCCACCCACCCACUUUUCAAUCGAGUGUAAAUAUCGCGAUGUCUACACCUACGCAUGAUUUUUGGUCUCAUGAAUGCAUCA